UUAGAAUGUUAACUAGACCAGUAAUUACGAACAAGGCAGUUUUUCUAAGUAGAGAGACACAACCUCCCUGCCUGGAAGGCACAACUGAGGCAUUUAAACUUCCCUCACUGACAAUAUCAGCAACCCGCCAAAUUCUAAAGCUAACUGUGUCGCGUUAUGACGGUUCUGUAUUUUGUGACUGUAUAAUAACUGCGGCAGAGUGGUGAGUUACUAACGGUGUAUCCACCUAGUCGCAUUCAAGUAAACUAAUUACAUUCAUGCUUUACAACAAAGAGUGAUAUUCUCGUAACUCCAUGAAAUGGCGACGUGGAACGACGUUGAACUUCUAAGUAGCGAGGACACAAGCACCGUCCGUUUCGGCAGCGAGUCGAGGGAGGAUAAUGGGAGCGGCUUGUAUCAGCUGGACACGCUGGUCAGAGUCUCCAGUGCCAGUGAGGUGAAGACAGAUCCUCGUCUCUCUUCAUCCAGUGGUUCAAACUGGAGCAUCGUUGUCGCUGACAAGACAGUGAUAGUGUUUGACCAGAACUAUCAGAGUAUCCUGCUCCUUCUUAACUUUGAAACUGAUGUGGAUGCCAUUGACGUAUGUCUGGAUGGGAAGUUUUUGAUCGUCUGUGAGAGAAAUGGAAACCUUCAUUUGAUUUACGUUCCAUACAAGAGAAUCCUUCUCACUAAGGCUUUGGUUCAGACACCAUCUACUGGAGAUCAGAAAACAUAUCACCAUCUCCUUAUGGAAGAGGACAAGACUUCCAUAGGGAUGUACCAUGUGUUCCUUCUCCUACAGAACGGUUUCUUCCAUGUUACAAACCUUGCUUUGGCCAAGAUCGAGACUGCCAUAGGAAAGAAUGAUGUUGGUGCAUUACAAGAACUCCAGUCACUGAUCAAGAUAGAUUUCUACUCCACUGUGGACUUCCACGAUGAUGCGUGCAACACAGCAGUCCUGUUCAGUCUGGGCCAUGAACUUCACCUAAUGAUUGGAGGGGAUAAAGAUAAUGCUAUCACUCACUGGAUGAUGGACCCUCAUCAGGCCAAUAUGUGUCUUGUUAACUCCGUCAAUACCAGCUUAAUUCCAGGCGUGAGGAAAAUUGUGGUGAUGGAGAACUUUCUGUUUAUUCUCAGCACUGAGGAUGUCCUGAGUCUCUGGGACCUGCAUUUUCUUGUCAUGGUUCACUCUUGGCCAGCUCUUUCCAUUCAUGACUUUGAACUCUCCACAGAAUGUGCCUCUGCCUCCAUGGUGACUCAAGACUGGAGCGGCAUGAAGAUAAUUACCCUGACAAAGCAAGGCAGCAGUCAGAUCAGCUCACUGCAAAUACGAAGUCUGCCCUCCAUGACUGUUUGCUACUCUCUGGAUGUCUCCUCAGUCUCUUGUCUUGUCCAGGCCAAAAUAAACAUGGACGCUAUCUACUUAGUUGAGGGGAUUUAUGAGAACCCUGAAAGUCGAAGAGAGCCAGUAUCCUCGGUUGUUGUCAGGUGUUUUACAGAGGCUUUGCCAGAGAACAGACUCAGCAGACUUCUUCACAAACACAUGUUUGAAGAUGCUGAAAAGUUUGCUAUCGCCUUCGAUCUGGAUAUUGAGCUUGUCUACAAGGUGAAGCUCGAAUUUGUUCUGGAGCAGCUGGCAUCUUCUUCAGUGGGUGGUUAUGGACAGGAUGUAUGGUCUGAACUUGUGGACGAGGCUAAGACCAGCCUGAUGAAGAUCACAGAUGAGCAGUAUGUUGUGGAAUAUUGUCUAAAGGCUCCCUGGCCGACAUUUGAGACUGCAGAGAAGAUGCUGAACCACGCUGCCAGUCGAUAUUCCUCCUUACAGAUCCAAGAGGCCUUGGCCAGGCUGGCGACUUUCUGCAGCCUCUACGGCCUGGAAAAUUUCAAUGGCAUCAACUGGAUUGAGUUUCUGAACUGCACUGAUAAUUUAGGUGACAUUCUGACCCACUUAAAAGAAGGAGACAUAAAGGGUGCACAACUCCUUUGGCUCAGAUAUGAGGGGCAGCUUGCAGCAGAGUUUGAUGAGAGUAAGCUUGAGGCUGUUCUCAAUGCAGUCCCAGAGGAUGUUCCAUCUACAGACCUCUGUCCUUGGUUUAGGACCGUGUUUGUUCCUUUCGUGAGGAGGGUACUUCCACCUGGACAGAAAAUCUUGGCAAGAUGGCUGGAGCAAAGGACCAGGAAUCUAGAGCUAACAGAAAAGGGUGCUUGGCCCCAGAAUGCGUUGGACUUGGCUGUGCUAGGGCUGCCCUCUUUAUGGACAUGGAUGAAAUCUGAUGAUACUUAUGGUGCAGAGGAAAUGGAGAGCCUCAGGUCCCUGGUGUCUAGCCUCCGCCAGCUGCUGGACCUUCACCAUAAAUACAAUUGCAAGCUUUCACUUUCAGUCUUUGAAAAGGGGACCUUGCGGACCAUUGCAUUCUUCAUGCUGGACAAGGUGCCAGCUCCGGAGCUGAUAGCUGCCGCAGUGGAAAACAGCAUAUUGCCAUACACUAAAGAGCACAGUAUUCCUUUUAAUGAGCUGCUACUGCAGUACAUCAAGGGUUUGCUGGAACGCUGCAGUUCUCAGGCUACAACUCUUUUCACAGAGUGGGAAGCUAAAGCAGUGGCUGUGCUAGGCUGCAUGACAGAUACAGAUAUGAUGGUAGAUGCUGUGCUGGAAAUAAUGCAGAAAGCUGUUGUACCCUGGAGUAAUAUGGUGGAAAACCUGGUUCAGCAGUACCUAGAGAUGAACGGGCCAAAGCAGGAGCUUUUGAAGGAGAGCUAUCGUCUGAUGGAGAAAAGGAAACUUCUCAGGGGAUAUGGGAUUCGCAACUUCAACCUCUCUAACUGCACCCACAUCAUGACACUGAUUAGAUACAUCCUGAAACAAGACCUGCCAACCUCUCUCAAUGACUCCUUGACAUUAGCUGAGGCAUACAAACUUCCAAUCACUCAGAUUUAUUACCUGUAUCUCACCCAUCUUAUUGGCCAAGGAAAGACUGAGGAAUGCAUGACUCUACUGAAGAAGCUGUCCUCAGCUGAUGCAGAGCGUGUGGUCGAGCACCUCACAAUCUGGGCUAGGCUGCAGCUGGAGGACAAAGCCCACAUAUCUGAUGAGCACAAGAAGCAGCAGAUGGUCAUAGCUGAGGUGAUGGUAGAGGCCCUAAAAUACAUGCACGCAACUCAAAACAAUGAUGCUCUUAAAAGCAUGGAGUGUGAGAACAACCUCAUUAUGUUCAAGGCGAUCUCCCACUUACAGGAGGAUUUUGAUGUGUUCUUCACUCCUUCCGACUAUGAGGAUCCAAACAUCAGAAAACAAAUCCAGGAGCAUCAUAUUACAGCCUAUGAAAACACACGCGGGCGCCACUCGUCUAGACAGAAGGCUGUUAUGACCCCGGUUGUGUCUAAUGAUCCAGAUGGCAAGACCAAAACUAUCUCCACAGAAGCUGGCCUGCGUCGUCUAGGACGGCAGCUGCAGCGCACUGAACAGGAGCUUUGGUCUGAUUUGGCCCUGCGAGCAUUGGGAGUGGGAAAAGUGGACAAGGCCCUCAAAAUCCUCAGUGAGCUUUAUGAACACCACUGCAACACCAGCACAGGGAAGGUUUUGUUCACUGCGGCUAAGACGUUGUGCCAGAUGCUGGAGGCAGAUGUGCCCAUGGUGCUUCCAGAGGACAUAGACUUGCCAGCAGUCAUCCAUGAUUUGGCCUGCCAGGCCGUCACUGUGUGUCACUCAGAUCUGCUACUGGACUGCCUGGAACUUUGCAAGAGCACACGGAUUGCGAUGGAUGUUUACCAUCAGUGUCAGUUAUCAGACAACUAUGGCUUUACAGCCAGGGAUUUAAGUAUGGAGGCAGAAAAAGACCCAUAUUCUCAUUGGAGUUUUCAGGAUGUUUUUAAUGAAGACUGCAUUGUUCUGGACCCAGUUUCUGUGCUACCUGUCCAAUAUGAAAUUACCAAUUGCCUUCUGCCUGUUUCUCAGGAUACCAGGCUGUAUCCAUUGGACUGCUCCUGUUUGUCACACUGCUCAUUUGAAGAUGGUUCAAAUUACCUGCGACCCCUCUUGGGUCCCCUGAGCAACAUGUUACAGAUGCUACAGGAGUGCAGUCAGCUGGAGCUGGCCCUCCGAGUGCUGGUCAACUCAUACAGCAGCUGCCUGCAGCAUGUUACCUCUAAUGUGAUGGAUAUAAAACUAAGCUUACAGCUUUAUAAUGCCCAAGAGCUUCAGGUGUACAAUAAAUGUAUGAAUGAGCAAAGAAAGACAACCAUGUCUUCACUGAAUGCUGUGGCCAUAGCGCUUCUGAACAAGGUGUUAAACUGGAGGGUGGUUGAUUGUGAUCUAGCUAUUGGACUCUGUACGGUUCUCUCCAAAACAGAAGUCUUCAAAAUACUGUGGAAGGUUAUUGACAACACCUGGCAAAACUAUGAAAAAAUCUUGGCUAUAGCCAGGAUCGGGGCCAACCUCUGCUCCUUGUAUGAGGAGAAAGAGGAGCAGGAGAAGUUUCUGUCUGUCAUCACUGAUGCUGAGUGGGGUAUCAAGCUUGGGAAGCUAGAGAUAUCCAUCCAGCCGGUGUUCCGUCAGCAGUCCGAGAUGAAGAGAAGUCUUAUUCCUGUUCUGGUGAAGAACAAGAGGAUUACCCCUGAAAUAAUCCUUCAGUACUGCAGCACCUUUGGUCUGGACCAUGAUGACAUGAUCAACCAGUACAUUACCACCUUACUGCUUCACGAGGAGGACGAGGAUGGUUCAUAUGACCCAGGCACAGGACAGGAAGAGGGGGAGCCUCUUUGUCAUGAAGAUGCUCUGGAGCGAGUGCUUCAGAUUAUCCCAAUGUUGAACAGUGCUAGCAAACUCAACAGCACUCUCUGUGCUGCUGUAUUCAAGCUUAGCCCGUACAACUACGAGAGGAUCGAAGUAGUACUGAAGAUCAUACAGGCUGCAGAUGAGAGUGUUACCAACUUUUCUAUUAGCCAGGCAAUGGGCCUCCUCCAGCAUCUGAAGUCCUACAAACGAAUCUCUCCUCCAUCAGAUACAGAGAACACGUACCUCCUCGAGAAUAACCUGCUGCCAACCCCCCUGUCCAACAGCAGACUGCCCUUCCAUCUGCUUAUGCAGACUAAACAUUACUGGAAGAUUAUCUCUCCUGACCUCAGUGAGGAAACCUUCCCCACGCUUCUUCUAAUUAGCAAACUGAUGAAGGUGAGUCUAGACAAGUUAUACAUGUCAGCAGCCAACCAUGUGUUUGAGAAGAAGUUGAAGCCUCUAGUCUUAGAGCAGAGGAAACGAGGUCAAGAACAUGGCUACAAUAAGGAGACUUUCAAAGUGGCCAAGACCAUGAUGAAGUACAUCCAGUGUAUCCAGAGCCCAGAAUGGGCUGCUGCCACAGCCCACAAGAUCACCCAGGAUCUUCCUGCAGGCCAUGAAAAGACUCAGUCCCUCAGGUUCUGCUUGGCUCUUGCUGAUGCAUGGCUGAAGGAUCCCAACAUUGAGGAGGCAGCACGCGCCCGAGGGGAGACAUUUCUGUCCAAGCUCAAGCUGCAAUUUCAGCGCUCAGCUACUGAAAACACACUAAUAGAAAGUCAGCUGAACACCCCAGAGCUUUUGAAACUGUCUGGGCUGCCAACCAGGCUCAUAGUGGCUCUCUAUGAGCACAGCAGUGUGGAGCAGCGCUACAGAGACUCGGGAGGUCAGACCUAUCCAGACAUUCAUGCCAUGGUUAAGGAAAUAGCCACAAUCAAUAGUGUGGAUCUUAUGAAAAUCCGUAACAUGCUGUUGGAAAAAUGGAUCUGCAAAACAGGCCCAGCCAUUGCCAAGGACUUUAGUAAUGACUGUUUCAGCAACAUUGAGGAGGAUCCAGACCUAAUGCGGGUCGUGUACAUGCUGCAACCUGGUCCCAUGGAUGAUGCUGUCCGUCUUCUAAACCCUGUCCUAUCUGCUGAAACCUGGCCUCUCAGCUCCACUGGACCUCGCCUGACGUUCUGCCAUCGAACUCGAGCUCUGCUGUGUCUCAUUCGCCUCGCUGAUGCUGCUACGCUGGAGGCUCAGCUACAGAUCCCCAGGACCAAAAUCGAAUGCUACCUGAAGUGCUAUGUCUUUGUCUCUCAACUGGAGGCGUUAAACAUUCCCUACACACUGCAGUCUUUCGUCAGCAGUCCCAAAGAAGGCUUGGUUAAGGGGUUGUGGAAGAACCACAGUCAUGAACCUCAGGCGGUGCAGUUGGUGGCAGACCUGUGCUUGGAGUACCAGGUGUAUGACCUUCAACUUUGGAACAGUCUUCUUCAGAAGCUGCUGGGCUUCAACUUGAUCACCCACCUCCAGAAGGUGUUUGAGGCAGUAGUGGCUGUUCCAGCUCUGUGGGAGAUUUCUAGUUUCUCCAGGACGUGGAGAAGUAUGUUACUGGCUCCUUUUGUCUCAGCUUCUGUUCCAUUGAGUCCUGAUCAACAAGAUACACUGUACAGAACAUUUGUUCUCCUUCUCAAGUGCCCUUUCCUGCUGAAUCUGGACCUAAUAGGAAUUGCCAAUCGCUUUGCACAGUUCAAUCUGCCUGCAUUUGCUCUAGGAACACUGCUACUUAUCCCCUGUGCCAAUAAAAAAGCUGAGCAGAUCCAGGGCUUACUGUCUGUCUGUAACCCAGUUGCUAUCCUUGAACAAGUGGAGGAGUUAAUGAAUACUGGGGAACUGGCUGGAAUCCCUUCACAGAUAAAGGAAACUGUACUGACCUUCAUUAUCCAGACCGGGCAGCACAAACUGUUAAAGACCAAACAUUUAAAGCAUCUGAAGCAGCUCAUGGUCUCAUGUGGUGAACCGAACCAGGUGAAGGACUUGGUGGACUACCUGAUCGGCCAGAACUGUCUGGAUGACGCCGACUCUCUGGCUCUAGAGUACAUGAAACACAGCGAGCAUCAAAGAGGGAAAACCCUGUCAAACGGCCUAAAGCCAACAGACUGCCUGAAGAUCUGAAACUGACACAUCCAAAUUGUAAUGGUACUUUGUUUUCAGUAGUUCCUGAAUCUGAAACAUUGAAUUUUGGGAUGAACCAACGCUUUUUAGCAAUGUAUAAAUGCAUAUAUAUAUAUAUAUAUAUAUAUAUAUAUAUACACAUAUGUAUAAUCUAAGUGUCUGUGCACCUUUUUCAAUUUAUUGUGAAAUCUGUGACUUAAAGCUCUGAGGAUGUAUUUUAUAUAACGUGGACCAAAAAUAAUGUGCUCAUUAAUUAUUAUUUGUUACGUGGAACAAGUUGAAGGAAUAUUGUCAGCCCUGCAAUCUAUCGUCCAUUCAUGUAGGUGUUGUUGUUCAGCACUUGUUUCUAAAGAUGACUUAAUUCAACUGAAUGAUAGUUAAGUAACACAUUGUUUGAAGUUGUAAUAAGUGGUUUUGUUAUUAUAUUAUAUAUUAAAAUAACUAUGAGGCAGA